AGUUGCUGAGGCAGCGGGAGCCUCCGCAGCAUCCCUGAGAGCCGGGCAGGCAGCCUCCUCCUCCCCGCCGCUCGCUCCCCUUCUCCCUCCCUGCUUCCUUUGCAAAGAUGGCAACCGAGGGGCUGCACGAGAACGAGACCUUGGCAUCGCUGAAGAACGAGGCCGAGAGCCUGAAGGGCAAGCUGGAGGAGGAGAGGGCCAAGCUGCACGACGUGGAGCUGCACCAGGUGGCAGAACGUGUGGAGGCCCUGGGCCAGUUUGUGAUGAAGACCAGAAGAACCCUGAAGGGCCAUGGCAAUAAAGUGCUCUGCAUGGACUGGUGCAAAGACAAAAGAAGAAUUGUGAGCUCUUCCCAGGAUGGGAAGGUGAUCGUGUGGGAUUCCUUCACGACCAACAAGGAACACGCAGUGACGAUGCCGUGUACCUGGGUGAUGGCGUGUGCGUAUGCCCCAUCGGGAUGUGCCAUUGCCUGCGGAGGCCUGGACAACAAGUGUUCUGUGUACCCACUGACAUUUGACAAAAAUGAAAAUAUGGCUGCGAAGAAGAAAUCCGUUGCAAUGCACACAAACUACUUGUCUGCCUGCAGCUUCACUAACUCAGACAUGCAGAUCCUGACAGCAAGCGGAGAUGGGACUUGUGCGCUCUGGGAUGUUGAGAGUGGGCAGCUUCUACAAAGUUUCCAUGGCCAUGGAGCUGAUGUCCUGUGUCUGGAUCUGGCCCCUUCUGAAACGGGAAAUACCUUUGUUUCUGGGGGAUGUGACAAGAAGGCCAUGGUUUGGGAUAUGCGCUCCGGUCAGUGCAUCCAGUCCUUUGAAACCCAUGAUUCAGAUAUCAACAGUGUCAGAUAUUACCCAAGUGGAGAUGCUUUUGCCUCUGGUUCAGACGAUGCCACGUGUCGUUUAUAUGACCUUCGUGCAGACAGAGAAGUAGCAAUUUAUUCCAAAGAGAGCAUCAUUUUUGGAGCAUCUAGUGUGGACUUUUCCCUCAGCGGUCGUCUACUGUUUGCAGGUUAUAAUGACUACACCAUAAAUGUCUGGGAUGUGCUGAAAGGCUCCCGUGUGUCCAUCCUGUUUGGCCAUGAAAAUCGUGUUAGCACCUUGCGCGUGUCUCCCGAUGGCACAGCGUUCUGCUCAGGAUCCUGGGACCACACUCUGAGAAUCUGGGCUUAACCUGAGAUCCUGUAUCUAAAAUCAAAUGAAGACUUAGAUCCUGGACUACAAAAGCUGCAUAAAAACACCACCAUAUGAAGUAUUUACUUAACUACAAAAUAGUGAUACUGAAACUACAGAUAAACACAACUAAGUAGGAAAUGUAAUCUGCUUGAACACAUAGCAACCAUCAACUUGUAGGAAAACAAAAUGUUUUUAGUUCUCUUUUUGAAACUACCUU